CGUUGGGCGGUGUCGCGCUUGGGCUCCGCCUGCCGCCGCCCCUCCGGCGCGGCGCGCAUGUGGGGCUUCAGGCUCCUGCGAGCCCCGUCGUCGCUGGUCAGAUCGCCGCCGCUCGCAGUCAGAGACGCCCCGGGCCGCCCGCAGGCGGGAGCCAUGGAGCCGGGCGGCGCCGGGGCGCGCGGCUUGCGGCCGGCCGAAGGACUCCGCCUGCAGCUGCGCGCGGUGCCCGGCGCAGACCCGCAGCGCAGCAACGAGCUGCUCCUGCUGGCGACCGCGGCGCGGGCCCGCCCUGGGGACCCGGCGGGCGAGCAGCACCACGUGCUGUACUUCCCCGGGGACGUGCAGAAUUACCAUGAGAUUAUGACCCAUCAUCCCGAGAACUACCAGUGGGAAAACUGGAGUCUAGAAAACGUUGCCAGCAUUCUAGCGCAGCGGUUUCCCAGUAGCUACAUCUGGGUGAUAAAGUGCUCUCGAAUGCAUUUGCACAAGUUCAGCUGCUACGACAACUUUGUGAAAAGCAACACGUUUGGUGCCCCAGAACAUAACACUGACUUUGGAGCUUUUAAGCACCUUUAUACACUAUUAGUUAAUGCUUUUAACUUAAGUCAGAAUGGUGUGCUGUCGAAGAAUGGGAAUGUUUGGCAUAAGGACUCCAAAGCAUCCAAAUCUAAUUCUCCGUCUGCUAGUAAUGGUUGCCAGGGAGAGAAAGAAAGGACCUGUGAAAAACGAGACGAGCCUGCCGUGAGUUUUUAUCCACCAUCACUAAAUGGUGCAUCUUUUACUUUGAUUGGAUUCAGUAAAGGAUGUGUUGUUUUGAACCAGUUGCUUUUUGAAUUGAAAGAAGCUAAGAAAGAUAAGAACAUAGAUGCCUUCAUCAAGCGCAUAAGAAGAAUGUAUUGGCUGGAUGGCGGUCAUUCCGGAGGAAGCAGUACGUGGGUUACCUAUCCGGAAGUCUUAAAAGAAUUUGCACAAACAGGGAUUGUUGUUCACACUCACGUAACACCUUACCAAGUGCGUGACCCCAUGAGAUCUUGGAUUGGAAAGGAGCACAAGAAAUUCGUCCAGCUGCUUGGGGACUUUGGCGUGCAGGUGACAAGCCAGAUGCACUUUGCAAAGGAAGCGCCUUCCAUAGAGAAUCACUUCAGGGUUCACGAAGUAUUCUGAGAUGAGAAUAGUGAUGUCCAAGAGAAGGGAUGGAAGCACUUGGAGCGUUCACAGGUUCAGAAGG